GCGUUAGCUUCAACACUGCCCUGUGACAUUUAGAUACUAGAAGAUACUCAUACGUCUGCGUUAGAUUAAUGUGUGGCUGAUGCUGUGUUCGUGUAUUUGGCCUCAGCUGAAACACAUCGGCCACGAUUGAACGAUGCUAACUGGAGCCUGCUAACUAAAGCCGAGAUACUCUGAGAGAGUAUCUGGCCUGUCCGCCAAGCGAGCUAACAUGGUUUAAUGUUCGCUUUCCUCAAGACCUGUAUCGACUUGGCUUUCUGUAUCUCCAGCUGACGUCGAACCAAUCCGUUACCCCUCUUCCUCAUCGCUAUUUUCUCUUUUAACUCUGGGUUACCUCGUCUGCUGUAGCCCUGCAACAUGGAGAGUGUCCACUGUGUCACUGAAGGCUGACCAGAAGGAAUGAUGCACUCCAGGAGAUGUCCCCAAGUGGCCUUGUGGAUGCAGUAGCUGGUUUUGGAGUGCUUUUUUAUGACUACUAUUGUAUGUGUGUCUGUGGGCACAUCCUAGCACAACCUGCCUAUUCCUAGGGCAGGGACAUGCUACUCUGAGACUGGAGCUGGAGAAAUCCACAAGAAAGGAGCCCCUCUGGUAAACAAGGAACAUAAAGAGGAAAAAAAAGGGAAGCACUCAGCAAAAGAGCUGUCUGACAGACACUUCAGCUGUAGUUUGUCUUCUGAACAAUUGCACAUUUUAACAGCAACACCUUUCCUCUGUCCCUGUGAGAUUUGUCCCCCUCCAUAAAGCCUAAAGCCUCCUCUGUCGUCGUUACUGGAGUUUCUAUGGUUUGCAUGGCUGGAGAAUAACCGUGGAGAGGCCAGGGUAUCACAAGCUUAUGGAUUUUGACAAGAGAGGGGGCAAAGGAGAGACAGAGGAAGGGAAAAAGAUGUCUAAGACAGCAGGCAGCAGGACUGGACAUGGGGGCCGGAGUUCAGGGACCAAUUCUGGAGUUCUUAUGGUUGGCCCAAACUUCCGUGUGGGUAAAAAAAUCGGCUGCGGGAACUUUGGAGAGCUGCGGUUGGGAAAAAAUCUCUAUACUAACGAAUAUGUGGCCAUCAAAUUGGAACCUAUAAAGUCCAGGGCGCCACAGCUCCAUUUGGAGUAUAGAUUUUACAAACAGCUGGGAAAUUCAGAGGGAAUCCCUCAGGUGUACUACUUUGGUCCUUGUGGGAAAUACAACGCCAUGGUGCUGGAGCUGCUCGGGCCUAGUCUAGAGGACCUGUUUGACCUCUGUGACCGCACCUUCUCCCUCAAGACCGUCCUCAUGAUAGCCAUACAGCUGAUAACACGGAUGGAGUAUGUCCACACCAAGAGUCUGAUAUACAGAGAUGUGAAGCCAGAAAACUUCCUUGUUGGGCGGCCAGGAAGCAAGAGGCAGCACACCAUCCACAUCAUCGACUUUGGUCUGGCCAAAGAGUACAUAGACCCCGAGACCAAAAAACACAUCCCCUACCGGGAGCACAAGAGUCUGACUGGGACGGCACGCUACAUGAGCAUUAACACACACUUGGGAAAGGAGCAAAGCAGAAGGGAUGAUUUGGAGGCGCUGGGUCAUAUGUUCAUGUACUUCCUCCGAGGUAGCCUCCCCUGGCAGGGCCUAAAGGCGGACACUUUGAAGGAGAGGUAUCAGAAAAUCGGGGACACCAAACGGGCGACACCCAUCGAAGUGCUUUGUGAAAGCUUCCCUGAAGAGAUGGCCACCUACCUGCGCUAUGUGAGGAGGCUGGACUUCUUUGAGAAGCCUGAUUAUGACUACUUGAGGAAGCUCUUCACUGAUCUGUUCGACAGGAAUGGCUAUGUCUUUGACUAUGAAUAUGACUGGGUCGGCAAAUCACUUCCCACACCAAUAGGCCCUAUCCCCAGUGACACGCCCCUGCAACCCAGCAGCAGAGACAAAGCACAACAGCAGACCAAAAACCAGUCGCCUGAGCCCAAAGGAAGUGAGUCUCAGCCCACUCCAGUGACCAAUAAGGAGACUCUGGGGUCGCACCUCACAGCUGAGCGGCUGGGGGGCUCUGUUCAGGUGAUGAGCUCAACGAAUGGUGAGCUGAACACUGAUGAUCCCACAGCCGGACACUCCAACGCUCCCAUCACCGCUCCCACCGAGGUUGAAGUGGCUGACGAAACCAAGUGCUGUUGUUUCUUCAAAAGGAGAAAGAGGAAAGCCCUCCAGAGGCACAAGUGAACGAAGAGGAAGGAGAGAACUUGAAACAUUGUGGUCACUGUCAAGUUUUAAAUGGAAGCAACUACACAGACCCCCUGUCCCUUAUCUCUUUCCAGCUUCCCCCUCACCUCUUUAUCCCCCCUCACCUUAUUUUCCUUGUCACUCUGUACCCACCCCCCUCGCGCUCUCUCUUUCUCGUUCUCAGUGCUCCCCCGGCUACUGGCGAGUUAAAGGAAUGUUGCAGUCCUACUGACUCCACAACAGACUUUUGAUUCCUUUACCGCCGAAAAAUAAACGUACCUGCAUUACAACGGGGGGCUUGAGAAAAAGUAAAAAAGCUGUAACAAUGAAACUCGAAUACCGUGGCGUGAAUAUGAAAAAAUACUGUUUGAAACAGUUGUUGUAUUCUAGAUUCCAUAAAGAACGCAUAUUGUUCCAACAGUCAGCUGUUGAUCGGGGGAACCGUUCGAGUGAAAGAAAUCUGCUCAUUAGGAAAUUGUUUUAUUUUUUUCUUUUCUUUCUUUUCUUCCUUUGGUGUGUGUUUUGGGAUCAAGGUAAAGAGGAAAAGGUGAACUAUGCUGAUGUUAAAUCUGAGAGACACAGGAAGCAUUUCAUCUAUAAAAACAGAAUUUGGAGGAUUUUUAUGUUUUUUGUUUUUUUUUUCUUCUUUUUUUUGUAAUUGAAUCCUCAGUUUUUGAAGUCAAAUCCCUGCAUUGAAAACUUCUUUUUAUGUUGUAGUGUUCUGGAGUUCAGUUCUUUUCCUCACUCUGGCUUUCUUUUUGUCUGUCAACGUGGACUUUGUAGCACAGUCACUGGCCUCAGGUACUGUGGAAGAUUGAGAGAAACAGAUAUUAAGCUCUCUUAUUAUUAUUGCACUUUUGGAAAAAAAAAUGAAAACAAUUACAGUGGAAAACUUUAGGUUUGAAAUUAACAAUUAAGAAAACAACUUAAUAAAGACUGAUCUAGGAAGAGUACUUCACAACGCUUAUAUCUGAGUUAUGGCCGAAAAAUGUUGUCGAUUUACAUGGAGAAAAAAAAAGGAUAUGUCUUUUCGAUUUUUAUUUCUUACAUCAGAAUAAUUUACCAGGAAAUCAUAGUUUGUGCCUUUCUAAGUAAAAUGUUUAAAGCUCAA